AUGUCAACCCGAACUAAAAAGCAUAAUAAAAUAUUGGGUUUCGGUUUUUUCGAUAUUUUUACUGAUAGUUCGGAUAAACAAAAUUCUUUAGUUCCUAGUAGAAGUAAUAGUCAUUCUUCCACAACAAAUUCUAAUACUAUUACUGCCCCUCAAAAUGUCCUUAAUACCAGUAGUGAAGAUAGAGAAAAAUUUAAUGUUGAAAGUAGUAUGAAUGCUAGGUCUUCGGUGAGAAAUUUUCAAGAAAUUAUAAAUCAAUUAGCUCAUGCUAAUCAAAUGGAUCAAAAUUUAAUAUUACACAAAAUUAUUUAUUUAAUGGAAAAACCUGAUAUUUAUUCAGAUGAUGACGUUACUACAGAAAUGCUACAAAAAUUCGUAAUCCAAUCUGCCCUUUACCUUGGUAACCACGAAAUUAAAGCAUAUAAUGAAGCUACUGCUGAAUUAGAAUUACUUCUACGAGCCAUGUCUUCCCUAGUUCAUUUGGCUUCAAAAGUAUCAAUGUUAGAAACAUCUAUUCGUGGCCAGUUAUAUGAUAGUGUUGCUAAAUUUUGGAAUGUAUCUCAAAAGAUUAAAUACAGAACUAAUCCAAGCAUCACUUUUUCAUUACGAGAGAUUAGAAAUUGUUUAAAGAAAAUUAAGAGUGAUGAAACUAAUAUGGAAGUGACUACUCGGAUUAGUAAACAUUUCGCUGAAGCAGCUGCUUUGAUUGCCACUAAAGAGUAUAUUGGAGCUUUGGGAAGCGUGGCUAAAAUUGCAACUUUCGAAUAUAAAGCGGGGAAAUGGUAUGAUGAUUGGGUAAAGAUGAGAGAUGAAUUCUUUAAAACAAAAAAUUAUUUAGAGAAAAAGGGUUCAGUGAAAAAGGAUUUAGUGAAAAAGGGUUCAGAGAAAAAGGAUUUAGUGAAAAAGGAUUCAGAGAAAAAGGAUUUAAAGAAAAAGGUUUCAGAGAAUUUUGAUACCUUUAUUACAUUCUGGAAUAAAUUAUAUGAUUCCGCAAAAGACGAACUUAAAAAG